GUGGACAGUGUGAGCGCUGUCUUGAAUACAAAAGAACAUCUUCACAGGUUCAACGCGGGCACAUUCGGGUGUUUGUGCUGUGUUCUACUUUCACUUGCAACUGCCAGCCUCAGGUAUGCGGGCCUGCUUGGUUUUCCUUUGUUUACUGGCAGCCACACUUACCCUGUCUGUUAAAAGUAAAUCUCAUGGAAAACACCAUGGCUUGCAUAAGACUUCACACACAGCCAAAGAAAAGGAUGUUAUCACAGAGGAGGCCAACAAGCCACAGGUCUUCCCGACUUUGGUCUCAUUCGAGGCCGGGCGCCAGGAUCAGGAAGAUGAGGAGUUGAGCUCUGAGGGCAACGCUAACGCUAACAAGGAAGAUGGGGAGUUUGGGGCGGCUGAAAGGCGAGAUAAAAGCACUGCAGCCCUGCUGAGUGAGGAGGAGCUGGUAGACCUCCUGAAGAAAGAGGCCGCAGAGGAAGAAGUGGAAGAAAGGGAGCUGGAGGAAGAAGGAGUGGAGGCAGACAAGGGCAAGGUGGACUCUGGUGAGGCUGAGGAAGCUGAGGGGGAGGAGAAGUUGGAAGACAACUUGGAUUUGGAAGAAGAUGGUAAAGAAGAGAUAGAUGAGGCGAAGGUGAAGGAUGCAAGGGUGGAAGACGACGUGAAGGAAGAGGCGACGAGGAUGUCCCAUAAGGACAAGAAGGAAGGCAAAAUGGCUGACAGAGAAGAGCAAGUGACACUGCUGGAGGAAACAGAUGGCAGCGCAGAGUUGGAUAUCCCAGUUGACCUUGACUACGCUGCUGAUAGCGGCAUAAUACAACCUCUGCAGGUGAUAUCAGCUAAGAUAAAACCCCACACUGACGACACACAGCCUCUCUCCAAAACGGAUGUUCCAGAUGUCACUGAAAAAGUGGUCAGUGAGAAAGAACUGCCCACCAUAGAUGAGGACUAUGAACAAGACACACAGAACACGGAGGCAGUGGACAUGGAGGAGGCGUCUGAUCCGGACCAGAAGCAAAGAGGCAAGAAUGACAAAGAUUCACGAGCCAAAUCUAAGGAAACGGAUCAAGACGUGACGCCUCAAGAGCCAAAGAGCAGCAGGGAGCUUGAAUCAGAGUCGCGCGUGGCUGGAAAGGAGGAUGAGAGGAGCAAGAAUGACAGUGCAAGUCACACCAAGGGAAAGACAAGGAAGCAGAAGAAGAACCAGAGGGCAAGGAAGCACUUGCCGCAGAGCGAGGAGACCCCAUCUGGACAAGAACUGAGCCAACAAGACCCCCAGGAGCCAGAGAGCAGCAGCAGUGACAACACAGUGCACAAGGCAAAAAGGAGGAGGGCAGGAAAAUGGGGUCCUCUGGUGGGAAUGAAUCCAGUGCAGAUAAGAGCCACGUUGGAUCUCUACCCCAGUUCCAGGGCCUCUCCCCCUGGAGGCGUACAUCACCCAGAAGCCCCUGCUGAUCCAUGUGACAAUUUCCGCUGCAAACGUGGGAAGACGUGUAAACUGGACGCCGGCAAUAAUCCAGGCUGCGUGUGUCAAGAACCGUCACAGUGUCCACCCAGUGUGAACGAGUUUGAUCAUGUUUGUGGGACAGACAACAAAACGUAUGACACGUCGUGUGAGCUCUUUGCCACCAAAUGCAGCCUGGAGGGCACUAAGAGAGGGCACAAACUGCACCUGGACUACACCGGGCCAUGCAAAUUAAUACUUCCAUGCGCGGACACUGAGCUGAUGCAGUUUCCUCUGCGAAUGAGGGAUUGGCUGAAAAAUGUGCUGCUGCAGCUCUACGAGCACGACUCCAUGUCCCCCGGCUUCCUCACUCCUAAACAGCGCUUUAGAGUGAAGAAAAUUUUUGAGAGUGAGAGGCGUCUUCAUGCUGGCGACCACUCCGCUGAGCUCCUCGCUCAGGACUUUGAGAAGAACUACAACAUGUACAUCUACCCGGUGCACUGGCAGUUUGCUCAACUGGACCAGCAUCCUUCUGACAGAGUCUUGUCCCACUCUGAGCUGGCCCCGCUCAGGGUCCCUCUGGUGCCGAUGGAGCACUGCACCUCCCGCUUCUUCCAGGAGUGUGACGCUGACAAGGACAAGCAGGUGUCCUUUAAAGAGUGGACCUCCUGCUUUGGCAUCAAGAACGAGGACAUGGAUGUCAACCUGCUUUUCUGAGCGUUGUUUUGAUCCUCAUCUACGGCACCGGGUUGUGGACGCUGCUCCAACAGCGUAGCCUGAGAGAGAAGCCUCCCUGAACCUUUUGGCUCCGGUUACUUUGUCAGGUCAAAAUGUUGAGACACUCUGACAAGUACGAGAGAAAACUCAUUUUAACCUCCUGCUAUGUAAAGUGUUGGUGGUCGGUGCCGUCUUAAGGUUGCAUAGUUGUUCUGUAAUUUAGACUAAGCUGCCUUGUAGAAUAAAAGACUAAUGUUUAGCUGGUUUUUAUCCAGAAAAUAUUUUCUAAUGCAUUCCAACCGGGGGACAAGUUUACAACAGCUCGUGGGUAGAAAAGACAUCGCACAGUAUACAGUACAAGGCCUUGAAACAACUGUGGUUUGUAUGUCAGAGUGAUUUUUGGCAGAAUUACUCUUUAAUUAAAAGUUAAGUAGAGAGUUUCAGACCCUGGAGUCAUGCUAGUAAAUGUAAAUCAAUAACUGUGUUGCUUAAUUUAACCGCAAAUGCUGUAAAUGUUUGUCAUUGUCAUUGUAUCUCUAAUUAAAAGCUUUAUGGACAGCAGUGGUCUUCACAGUAUCACCCUGUUGUUAA